AGCUUUGCGGGCGAGCAGUGGUUCACUUCACUAUCGCCGGGAACGAGAUUUAUCAACUUACUGUACCAGUUCGUAUCCGCACAUUCACAUUCGUUAUUUGGAUACAAUGUCUCUUCAUUUCAACUGGAGCCGGUUAGACGAGACGUGCGCCGAGGCGCUGCGCCAGCUCAUCAACAAGCGCCUCGCCGAGGUCGUGGAACACAUCAACACCAAAAACGCAGGCGGCGCUGAGGCUGCGCGUCGUAGUUCUCUAUCUGCCGCCUCUCAUGAAUUUUCCACCGACGCAAACUACGGUACCGGUGGAAGAGGAGGAGCUGCGGCGGGCGGGAAAGCGGCCCCGCCUUCGCUCGUCAGCAUUGGCAGCAGUCCCGGCAACAACAGCAACCCGACGCGUAACGGUCCUGCCUCGAAUGUCAGCUCGCACGGCUCCCCUUGCGAGGGGUCCAACGGCCUGCUCGGCGCGUCAGACCUUAUUUCUCCCUCUCCCUUUCUUUCGGCAAUGUCACCCAACGGUGUGCAGAACUCUGGCAGUGCUGCUGUCGGGGCUGUGGCGGCCGCGAAUGCUGUUAACGGUUGUGUUGCGGCCCCAGGAGAGUCACUGCCGCAGAGCAACCACAUCCGCGGUGCUGCUCCGGGACUGCGCGCUGACAACAGCGGGGGCGCCUUCGGCGGACCGACGAACGAUGAGGGCGGCACGUACGCCGCUCGCAGUUCUGCGGGGCAUCCGAGCGCGAACAACCGCGGGGGCAAUGGCGCAACCCACGCGACGACUUCUCCCAGCCCCACGAACGCGAGCGACGCCUACAACGCGGGCACUGGUGGGCCGCCUCGCGGCGCUCCCUUGUCCGGACUUAAGCGUGAGAAGGAGGGCGGCGCAUCGGCGGCGGACUCACGCGGUGUGCCCCCCAUUGUGUACUUGGAGCUGGGCAGCGUGGAGUGGGGGACGACGCCGCCGUUUGUGGAAAUUGUCGCCUUUGACAACGCGACGGACGGUCCGCCGGGCGGCAGCAGCCGUGCACCGCAGCGUGGGUUCAAUGCGAUGAACAGCACGACAACGACGGCAGGCAGCCUGCAAGGCGAGGUGCGGGAGACCUCGGACGCGCUCAGCCACGACAUAUCCACCGACACGGCGAUGGCGUUAUCCACUGCGUUUGCGGGGUGCUUCGCAGCCUCUGCCCCUGCCGGUGCGAGUGCUGCGGGGGACGCAGGCGUCGACAGCAACAGCGAGAGCUCGCACGACUUCACGGUGUCGCACCCCGCUACCGGGGCCAACACGCCACACGUCGUGUCUGGUGUCGGUCACCAGGCAGGAGUCGCAAGUGUGACAGCGGGCAGCCCGUCGUGCGCCGCACCGCAGAUGCAAGCGCCUGUCUCCUUAUCCCAGUUCCCGUGUCAGCCGGAGGCGACGGACUCGCUGGCUUCGGUAUUGGGCUGCGGCGGACUCUACAUUCGCUUUCACAUUACCUACGGCGGUGCGCUGCACCUCUCGCUGAACACCGCUGUGCAACACGAGCUCCGCCUCGGCGCGGUGGCGCUGCGUGUGAGUCUACCGAUGAUGUUCUACCUCGCCAACCUCGACCUGGAUUGCUACCUGUGCCUUAAUGUGAAGCACAACGUGUGCCAGAUGUGGCUCGAGCACGGACCGCUCUCCUCGUCUGUGGUGAACCGACUCAGCAUUGCGGCUACCUUUGGCGGCGCCAACGAAGUGGAUGAGGACGGGGCCGACUACGGCGCCUCCUCGGCGGACUUUUAUUCCCACUUCGGCAGCAGCAGCAUCUCAGACGACGACAACGAUGAGGGCGGCAACGGCGUGUACGUAAAUGAGCACGAGGUUUCGCACUUCGUCCUGCACGAGCUGCGCGCUAUCUUGAAGGAGACGAUUGUGGCCCCGCAUUGCAUCACGAUUCCCAUCUCGUUUGACGGCUGA